UCUCUUUCGGUGACGGUGAUUGCUCUUGACAAAGUUUUCUACAGAAGUGAUGUGCCAUUGCUGCCUUUACAAGAGGGGCGACCCCGGUCAUUAUCAAUACGCCGCUGGGAGAGUCUGCCUGGUGUCAGUGGCCUGUGAUUUGCCCAAUGUGACUCUGAUCGUCGGGGUGGGUCUAAGCAGGAGCUCCACCUUGCCCAAGGGGGACCCACCCGCAGGCUAGUGGAGGCAGAUCUCCACCCCUCCACAUCGGCUGAUUGUACCUCCCCAAAGUGACGCUAGGCACUGGAGUGUCUGCACCUUAAAAGUGUCUGGCGGGAAGAGGUGGUGGCUCUGAUCAGCCCCUCUGCUCGCUCCCUCUCCCCUUGCCUGCCUGCCGCGGGACUGAAAUCUCAGGGAACCCGGCCACCUCCAUGCCCCGUCCCGGGGUUAUUAAUCCCAACGCGCGUCAGGGACGGGGCGGGUCCACCACCCGGAGCUGCCUAUAAAUUAGCGGGCUUCGGCACCUGACGGAGCCGGUCACAGCCAGCACCACCGCCGGGCAGGACAGGGCAGGACAGGGCAGGGCAGGGCUCGGCUCGCCUCGCCGAAACCGAGAGCGGGAUUCCAUCACAGCUUCGCCCAGCAAGGGUCCCGUCGCAAAGUUCUGUUUCUCCGGGUCCAGAGCCAUGAGCAGCGUCGCGGUCUCUCUGAUCCUGUUCCUGCCGGUGGCCUGGAUGCAGUUACCAUGCAGUGUGAUUGACGAGUUCCAUGCUGCCAAAUCCGAGUGUAUCCAGGGAAACUCUUCCCAGGAGGAAGACGUCAAUGGCACUGAUGUGAAAGGUUGUCCCACAGUCUGGAAUUUCAUGAUCUGCUGGCCUAGAAGCGUCAUCGGGGAGGUGGUCAUCAGCUCCUGUCCGAGUAUCCUGCGUCCCUACUUAACUCGUCAAGGUAUGCUGUACCGAAACUGCACAGCAAACGGGUGGAGUAACGUAACCCCCGAUGUCUGGGACACUUGCAAAUUACUGGACGAAUUUUCGGAAUCCAGCAAGGUUUCCUCGCUUCUCUUCUUGAAACAAGUGUACACUGCCGGAUAUGCAACAUCCAUAAUUGCCUUGGUUUCUGCUAUUAUAAUCUUCACGGCCUUCAGGAAAUUGCACUGCACUCGGAACUACAUCCACGUGAACUUCUUUAUCUCCUUUAUCCUCCGAGCGAUGUCGUCCUUCAUCAAGGACAUUGUCUUGUUCUCCAGCAAUGACAACCGCUGCGCUGCUCCCACGGUCACGUGCAAAGGAGCCAUUGUGUUCUUUCAUUUUAGCAUUCUGGCUAACAGCUCGUGGUUUCUGGUGGAAGGGCUGUACCUGCAGUUGCUGCUCAGCCUCACCUUCGUGUCCCACACCAAGUACUUCUGGUGCUACUGCCUGAUCGGCUGGGGUACACCGAGUGUUGUAGUAACAAUCUGGGUCAUCCUAAAGAGGUUUACUGACAAUGUACGAUGUUGGGAGAACAAUAGGAGCCAAUAUACCUGGUGGACCAUAAGAGGCGUGAUGUUGCUUCCAGUUGUCGUGAACUUCCUGAUAUUUCUGAAUGUCAUCCGUAUUCUGAUUCAGAAGCUGGGAUCAACAAACGUAGGAGGAAACUUGUGCGGUCAUUUCUCGAGAUUGACAAAAUCAACUCUGCUUCUCAUCCCCCUCCUGGGCAUCCAUUACAUUCUGUGUGCCUUCUUUCCCGACCACGUGGCAGAAGAGCUGAAACUCCACCUCGAGCUUGGUUUGGGAUCCUUCCAGGGAUUUUUGGUGGCGUUGCUGUACUGCUUCCUGACCACAGAGGUAAAGGCAGAGCUGAAGAGGCAGCUGAGGUCCUUCCAUCUCGAGUGCUUCAGGAGCCUGACCAGGAGGCGCAGCCGGAGCACAUCGGCGGAGAUUAGCCACACGUGCAGCACCCAGCUGGCGUUGCUGGAGAAACUGAGUCAGCCGGGCAAGUCGCUCGACUACAACGACAGCUUGCCGGCCACCUGAGCCAAGGGGGAGCGGGACUCGCUGCUUGGGCUUACCGAACGGUGGAAGCCGAGGGUGUUGGUCUGCUAUGUUCCGUUGUGCGCGUCGCUUUGAUUUUCAUUUCACCAACGCUUUGCUGGACGUGAUUGAAACGGGCAAGGAGAGGGACGGGAUACCUGUGAGGGUGAUGUUUGUCUGAAAUGUGUGGUGCUCAAACCUUUUGUCUGUUAGAUAGUUCUUAUUUUCUGAGCAGAUGCUCACCUGCUUCCUUUCAGUGGGUUAUCAGUUCAUUCCGAAAGAUCAUACAGUAUAGGAGAAGAAUUAGGCCAUCAAGUCCGCUCUAAUUCGAUUAUUCUUACUAACCCCAUUCUCAUGCCUUCUCUCCAUAACCCUAAACCCAAAGACUCUAUCGACCUCUGCCUUAAAUAAACUCUGUGACUUGGCCUUCACAGCUGCUUGUGGCAAUGAAUUCCACAGAUCCACCUCCUCUGGCUAAAGAAAUUCCUCCUCAUCUCAGCUUUAUGCAUGGUAGCGUAGCUGUCAGCAUAACACAAUUACAGUGGCAGCGAUCACUGACCGGGGUUCAAUUGCAGCCUCUGUCUGUAAGGAGUUUGUACUUUCCGUUUGUGACCACACAGGCUUCUUCUGGGUGCUCUGUUCCAGAGACUUGUGGGUUAGAGUUAGUGCGUUGUGGGUGUGCCACGUGGGUGGCAGAAGUCUGGGCUGCCCUGCACAAUCCUCGCAGAUUUGACUUGAUGCAAAUGACUUAUUUCACUACAUGUUUCGACAUGUGUGUGACAAGUAAAGUUAAUCUCGAAAAGGAGGUCCCUUUUAUUCUGUGCACUUGGAACCUGUGCCAGACACCUUCAUGAGCACUCAUACAGCAGGGAAACAGGUCCUUCACCCAUCCUGUCCAUACCAGCCGGCUAGUAUGGAUCUAUGCUAGUCCCAGUUACAGGCAUUUGGUUCCUAGCCUACUAGACACUGGGAAUUCUAGUCCUCACCCAGGUAUUUCUUCAAGUUUAAUCUCCCGGCAGCAUGUUACAGAUUCAGAAAAACCCUCUCGGUGGAAAUGGUUCUCCUCGCAUUCCCAGUUGCAGAGGAGGUUUACGGGGAUGCUGCCUGGCUAUAGAGAGAGGCUGGGAUCUUUCCACUGGAGUGUAGGUGAAUGAGUGAUGGGAUUCCAGAGGUUUGUAUGGAGGUAGGGUGAAUGCACUCAGGGUCAGGUGAUCAAAACUGGAAAGCACAGCUUUAAGGUGUUUGGAGAAAUAUUUGAUAAGAAUCUGAGGAGCAACAUUUUCAUCCAGGAUAUGGAGCGAACUGCUAGAGGAAUUGGCAAACUAUCUGCAAGGUGCAAUGCACCCGGUUAGGAAGACACGUAGAUGGAUGUAGUAAGUUUGCAAAGAAGGGCUGUUCGUGAUGAGGAGGGAGAAAUCUCCAGGAACAUUCUCUUUGGUCCCCGUGUCUCCUAUUCAAACUGGAGCUACAGUCUGCUGGAGCGUCAGUCCAUCAAGCAGCAUAAGACACAAGGCCAUUCAGCCCAUUGAGUCUGCCCCACCAUUCCAUCAUGGCUGCUUUACUACCCCUCUCAGCCCCAUUCUCCUGCCUUCUCUCCGUAACCUUUGACACCCUGACUAAUCAAGAACCUAUCAAUGUACCCAAUAACUUGGGGACCACAGCUGUCUGGACAUAUACUCAGUGGCCACCUCGUUAGGUACAGCAGGGACUUAAUCAAGUGGACACUGAAUGUAAGAUACAGGAGUAAAGUUAGGCCAUUCAACCCAUCGAGAGUGCUCUGCCAUUCAGUCAUAGCUGAUUUAUUUUAAACUCAGUUCUCUUAUAACCAAUAAAGAACUUAUCAGUCUCUGCCCUUAAAUACGCCCAAUGACUUGGCUUCCACACCCACCUGUGGAGUGGGAAUUGGAACUUCUUUUCCAAUAUCUUUAUUAGCUUCUACAUAGAAUACAGAGUACAAGAAAGUGUAUAUAAAAGGUCAAAAAACAGUUUUUAAAAAACUACCAAUUACAUUCUAUCUGUUCAUAAUAACAGUCUCAUUACCCUGUAUUCAUAUAAGUUAAUUAAUAGUUAUAUUGAACUAUGCUAAUUUAUUACAAAAAAAAGGUCUAACCCCUACCAAGACCGAAGCUGUUCAUUAAGGAGAAAAGAAGGUAAAUACCUUUUCAUAUAAUAAAAAAUUAAUAAUAGCUGACAUCUGAGUUUAAACAACAAAUUGAAGGUUUUGAAAAUAAUUCAGAAAAGGUCCCCACAAUGUUUGAAAGUCUUGACGAGAUUCAGAAAUUGAACAACAAAUCUUCUCUAAAUCUAAGCAUGACAUUAUGUCGCAUAACCAUUGAGUAUGAGCAGGAGGAAAAACGUCUUUCCAUUUAAACAAAAGCAUCCUCCUUGCUAUAUGAGAGCUAAAGGCCAAAAUAUGUAAAUCAGAUGCCUUCAGCUUAAUCUCUUGUCCUGCAACAAUACCAAGUAGGGUCGUCAGAGGGUUAGGCUUAACAUUGACUUUAAAAAGUAAAGAAAAAGUUUGAAUAACUUCCUUCCAAUAUUUUUCAAGAUUCAGACAAGUCCAAAACAUAUGAAUUAAUGAAGCUUCUCAUUAUUACAUCUGACACAGUAGGCAGAUAUAUCCAAAUAAAAAUGAGAUAGCUUAUAUGAGCUCUAUGUACCACCUUAAACUGUAUGAGGGAAUGACGAGCACAUAGCGAUGAAGUGUUAACCAGUUUAAAAAUUUCAUUCCAAGUCUCCUCAGAUAUUGAUGUCUCUGAAUCUUGUUCCCAGAGAUUCUUAAUUUUGUCUAAAGGAACAUUCCUCGUCUCCAGUAACAUACCAUAAAUCUCAGAUAUUGAACCAUGAUCAAAAGGUGUCAAGCUAAAAAUUACGUCUAGUAAGUUCUUAUCUGAGCUUAUAGGGAAUGUACAUGUGGGAAUUGGAAUUGAAACACACAGAUUCGGCCUGACUUGCUGACUCACUCCAAUUGUUAGCUUCUCUGCCAAUUACUGAACUCCCUCUGCCAAAGACAAAUUGCUGGAGGAAGUCAGCAGGUUGGCCAGCAAGGGUGGAGGCAGAGGGCUGGUUGACGUUUCAGUCUGAGACCCUCUGUCAGCAGUUUUAUUUUAUUGCUUCUGGGAUCUUGCUGUGAACUGGCUGGCUGCCACUACAGCGGUGAAUGGUCAGGGUGGAAGUGACCAGACCCUUGCUGACCUUCACUUUCAUCACUGUUCUGUAAGAUAUUGAACUUGCAUAAGAUGUUGGUGAGGAAAAAUUUGGCAUAAUCGUGUGCAAUUCUGGUCUCUUAUCUACAGAAAAAUGUCAAUAAUACUGAAAGAGUCCAGAGAAAAUUUACAAGGACCUGAGCUAAGGACUUGAGGGAAGGGUUGAAUAGGUUAGGUCUUUAUUCCCUGGAGUGUAGGAGAAUGAGAGGAGACGUCUACAAAAUUAUUAGGAGUAUGGAUAGGGUAAAUGCAAACAGUUUUUUCCACUGAAGUUGGGUGAGAGUAGAGCUAGAGGUCUUGGGUUAAGGGUGAAAGGUGAAAUAUUUAAGGAUAACCUGAGGGGGAGCCUCUUCACUCAGAGAUUGGUGUGAGUAUGGAACGGGCUGCCAGAGGAAGUGGCAGAUGUGGAUUUGAUUGCAAAAUGUGAGAGACGUUUGGAUAGGUACGAGGAUGGGAGGGGUACAAAGGGCUCAGUAGGACCAUGGACAGGGUGGAUGAGGGGCCUGUUUCUGGGCUGCAGUGCUCUCUGGAGCUCCAGAGGCUGUCACAGCACAGCGAACAGACCCAGUUACUGCGCCUGUGCUGUAGGCUCCAACAAUCACUCACUGCAGUCAGCAGACAGCCUUUCAAAUCUUCACUCUAACCCCUCCUGUGGUCAUGAAAACGCCUUAGAUAAAUGCAUACAGAAGUUUGUUUGGUGACCUUGUGUACGUUAUGAUUUGUCUUGCGGUUGCUGUACAUGCUCCAGGUUGAUCCUUGAUGCAAUUUCUAAGAACUAAUCUAUAAUAAAUACACUUGUGGCAAUGGGUGGCCUGUUUACCCUUCUUUUGCCUCUUUUUGUUUCAAUUCCGUUGUCCCUUUGCAAGAGGUGAUGUCUGAGCCAUUCCUCAAGGGAGCUAGGGAAGGCAGUGUAGAGUUCCUGGUGGCUACCCAUUUUAAUCCCUGUCCCCAUUCCCAUUCAGACCUGUUGGCCCCCGGCAUCCUCUUUUGCCACGUUGAGGCCACUCUCAGGAUGGAGGAGCAACACCUCAUGUUCUGUCUAGGUAGCCUCCAACCCGAACAUCGAUUUCUUUUCUAGUGAUUUUUCACCCUCCCCUUUCCCUCUUCUUCAAUUCUCCACUCUGGCCUCUUACCUCUUCUCCUCGGCCGCCUAUCACCUCCCCCUGGUGCCCCUCUCCUUCCCUUUCUCCCAUGGUCCUCUCUCCUUUCCUCUCAGAUACCUUGCUCUCCGGCCCUUUACCUUUCCCACCCACCUGGCUUCACCCAUCACCUUCUAGCUUGUCCUCCCCACCCUUCCCCACCUUUAUAUUCUGACAUCUU